AUGAAGAAGGACAUGGCUAGGCAGCAACCUCCUGAACCAAAGGACGAGAACCCUCGACGCUCAGGUAUGAACCAAAUUCAUUUGUUGCCCGCAGGUGAUCCGGACAACCCCAUCCAACCUUUUACAGAAGAAAUCAUGGUUGCAAAGAUCUCAAGGAAGCUUAAGCUUCCAACCAUUAAAGCUUAUGACAGCACGGGUGAUCCCGCUAAUCAUGUACAGACCUUCAUGAAUGCAUUGCUAUUGCAACCAGUCAUGGAGGCCAUCAAGUGCCGGGCUUUUCCUCAAACCUUGAGCGGGAUGGCACAACACUGGUAUAGUUUUCUACCCCCAAAUUCUAUAUCUUGUUUUGCGGACUUGAGCAGGGCUUUUAUAGGUCAGUUUGUUGGGAGCAAGACUCAUGCCAAAAGUUCUACUUCGUUGAUGAAUUUACAUCAAGGUAGGAACGAAUCCCUCCGAGAAUACAUGAAUCAAUUAACCAAAGAAGCCUUAAAGGUCUCGAAUUUAGAUCAGAAGGCGGAGGAAAGUUUGAGAAAAUCCCAGAACAAUCAGGGACCGAAUGUUAAUCCUAAGAAGCGUGGAAGUGAUACUAAGUAUAACGCUGAUAAUAAGUACUCGAAGAGAGAGGAUGGUGAGAAGUCACCUGUUAAGAAGAAACUAGGACCGAGGUUCGCUGAAUACGCAAGGCUUAACGCCCCAAGGAGUCAGAUUUUGAUGGAGAUUGAAAAGGAUGGAAGUGUCCGUUGGCCGAAGCCUAUUAGAACUGAUCCGGAGAAAAGGAACAAAGAUUUGUAUUGCCGAUUUCACAAGGAUACGGGAUAUAAGAUCGAUGACUGUCGGCAACUGAAAGAUGAAAUUGAGUUUUUAAUCCGCAAAGGCAAGUUGUCGAAGUACACGAAGGACGGAGAUAGAAAUCCUCGAGACAAUGAUAACAGUGGAAGGGAUAACGAUGACAGGAGAACUCAACCUCGAGGGCCUGUAAUUAAUGUAAUCUCUAGAGGACCAACCGCUGCCGGUACCUCAAGUAACUCUAGGAAGGCCUAUGCAAGGGAGGUAACGAGUAUAGUAGGAGAACCCCUGAAGAGGGCGAAGACCGAAGUUGCUUUAACAUUUGAUGAUUCCCCCAUGAUGAUCCUCUAG